AUGUCUGUCAAUGAACGUUCAGCUUUGAGUGUCGUUUCAGCCAAUACAUUAAACAAAAAACAAGAACACAUUGGAUUCAAACCAACUUUACCAAAUAUCAACUCCCUUAUAUCUGCUAAAACUUUUCCAUCACCAACAUCACCAUCAACAUCAUCUAUCGGAAAACCACAACAUUCUACAAAAUAUGCUAAACAUGCUGAAAAAUUGAAAUACAGAUUACAAUUAGCAUAUUAUAAACUACGCACUGACCAAGUUAAGUUACCAAUUGCUGAAAUCAUUAAAAAAGAAGAAGCUUUUGCUGAAAAACAAGAACAAAAAUCUCAACAAUCACAACCAAAAAUAGCAUCUGUUACACCUUCUUUAACUCGCCAUAUUAGUUUAUUAGCCGCCUCAACCCCAUUACCAGAAUCUUCAAACCCAAAGAAACGGGUUACAUUCAAAAGAUCAGCAACUACUUUAGAGCUACCAAAAACUUCAACUUUCAAACAUACAUCUUCAAAUAAAUCUGCUGCUGCUUUAUCUAGAAUCUCUGAAUACCAGAGACCUGAAAACUUAAGAUCAUUAUCAUCACCACAGUUAAACAAACCAAAUGGUAUUCAUGCUCAUAUUCCUCACCAUCGUUCUUUAAAAAUCGAAGAUUUGGUCAACAAUACAAACAACAACCAAGUUGAUGUUACUCCAAUCAAAGGCCGUACAGAUGACAGUGGUGAUUUAAUUAUGUCAAGUCCAACAAAGAAAAUGUAUUCAUCAACACCAGGUUCUUAUGGGGCUGCUAAAUCUUUGUUACAAUUGUCUUUGAUCAGUUCCAAUUGA